AUGGUGAGAGGCGAUCAAAUCUCAGGUUGCUCAGACGUCAUUGAUUCUAGACCAAGGCGACACACGCACGACUCGCCAUGGAGACUGUCUCAGACUGUGUACUUACAACGCAAGAACAGUUUCCACAGACGCCAACCUGCAUGCCCUUCUCGGAGCUGCAGAGCGUAUCAAAUUUCACGUGAUUGCUCUGCAGGAGACCAAGUGCAGAAGGAGCGACGUACGACAGGCGGUGCAGACCUUGGUAGUGCUAGCCGUAGUGAUAUUUCCGAAAAUGCAAAAUUACCGCCUCGUGUUUCGGUCAUAGGCAGUGUAUCUCUUUCUAAUAACGCGCUCUCAGUUUUGGAUAUGGGCCCAAGUUUCUCACCUGUUCAAUCGAUAGGGCCCAGGGUAGUACGAAAGAUAGUGGGCAGCCUACAAUACGUACAUGACCGUCUGCGAUAUAGAGCAAAAAUCGGAGAGAAGGAAACGGGUAGAGGAAGUAAUAUUAAUGCGAAUUUCCCUGUGGUACCGUUCCCCGCAAUGAUAUUCAAACCUCAGGAUCCCCAUCCUCGAGUGGAUGCCAAGUUUCGUUUGUUCACCACAUCAGUUUUCUCGAUUCUCAAACGUUUUUCGAGAAAACAUCCUAUUUCUAAUCUCACGCCAAUGCAACGCUCUGGCCUACGUGAGAUACGCGAACUCUCAACACGUGGCGAGAUAAAGGUCACAAUCAGCGAUAAGGGAGGAGAGUUUGUGGUCAUAUCACGUGAACUAGACAUGGCUAUCACUCGAAAACAUCUGGAUGACGCUACACUCUACCACUCUUCGUCACAUGAAGAGUUCAUAAAACAGAGUCGCCGUCUCAAUAGAGUUUGGGUAGAGAUUGGAAAGGCUGCGGGGUUACAUAAAACAAUGAUCACAAAGCUGAAAUACGAACUUCCUACUUGCCCAGUUUUAUACCUGCUAAUAAAAACACACAAACUCUCUUCCUUUGCUUUCCUUUCAGAAGACCCGGAUGUAUUCAAAGUACGUCCUAUCAUAAGCAACGUAGGUGGCCCCACGGACAGAAUAUCUUGGCUUUUGAACACUAUACUUGCACCAUUGCUCAAGUAUGUUCCCGCGCAUCUAUCCAACACCAACAUGUUCCUUGAGCAGCUUAAAAGAGCGCGUUCAGAAAAAGAAUGUGUCAUCGAAUCUUUCGAUGUCACAUCGCUUUAUACAAAUGUUUCCAAGGGCGCUGCAAUGCAAGCUGUGUUCGAGCUACUCGUAGAACAUCGGGACACCUUAGACUUGCACGGGUUUUCCAUAAGACAAAUUAUGACGCUCCUGGAUGAAUGCUUGAAGUGCUCCAUUUUUCGUUGGGCCGGCAACUACUAUAGACAGGUCAGGGGAUUGGCCAUGGGACAAAGACUAGCUCCCACACUAGCCAUUGCAUUCAUGUCCAAAAUAGAACAACCCAUUCUGGAACGGAAACCUUUCCUGUAUUGCCGUUAUAUUGAUGACUGUUGUAUUAUAUGCCCCACUCAAGACGAGAUGGACACUUGUUUCGAGCUUCUGAACCAACAGUCCCCUUACAUACGGUUCACAAGGGAGAAACCCAAAGAAAAUUGGCUGUCCUUCCUCAAUGUAGAAAUACAGUGGUCCAAUGGUGAAUGGAAGACACGAUGGUUCCGAAAACCUAGCAGCAAAAACAUUUUAGUUCAUUGUCUUUCCGCUCACCCUUGGAAAACUAAGAAAUCUGUGGUUAAAAACAUGUUUAGGACAGCCGUAAGGGUGACAUCAGAUGUCCAGGAGCGGAUCGAUGCGAUCAACCUAGCGCAACGCAUCGCGAAUUCUAACGGUUACAUUGGUAAUGUAGCACGUAGGCCAGAUCUUGGUGCGCAACAAGAAUAUGCCACACUGGUUGAGUCGAAUAAGAUCAAUUUCUGUCUGCCCUUCAUAACCGACGACCUGAUUAAAGCUAUACGGGCUAGUCUGGUGAAAUGCGGUCUCGAGAACCAAGUGAGAGUUGUGGAAAUACCUCCAACAAAUCUCAAAAAACAACUAGUUCGAAACAGAAUGUACGACCGCUUCUGUCUCACUCCAGACUGUGUAAUAUGCCCAUUCGGGAAGGAAGGAGACUGCAUGGUCUCUGGUGUAGUCUAUCUAAUUUCGUGCAAAACAUGCUCUGACGAAGGCGACAACGCCGAAACGUUAGCCGUAAUAAAUUUUGUUAACAAUCUUGGCUGUUGCUUAAAUUCGACUAUCAACACAGGCAGUGUUGGUUUCGUUGUGCACCCAUCUGUCGUCCUUCUCGUCGAUUCUCACGAGAUCCUGUCACCUCGUCUGGCCAUUCUUCGCCUCCACCCUCUGCGCCAAAAAUCCAUCAGUAUCAUCAACUGCUAUUCACCAACAUCAGCAGCUGAUGAUUCCGAAUUGGACGCGUUUUACGAGGAGCUGGAGGAAGUAGUCCACAACGAGAAGUCCUUUUACAAAUUCGUUGUCGGAGACUUCAACGCAAAACUAGGAAAGGCCACAGAAGAGGAAUACAGGAUUGGAAGAUUUGGACUAGGAGACCGGCAAUCGGCAAAAAUGGCAAUCGUCUCGCUGGGCUGUUGUCCGCCGCUCGCCUCUUUCACGGGAACUCUCUUUUCAUGA